UCCAGCACAGCAACAAAGGAGGAUGCGGAGCUGCGUGCGGGAGCCGAUUCCCGUUAAAAUGCUUUUCCGUUGCUUUACGAGACCGACAUAACACAUAACCAUGUAACAUUUGUCCGUCUUUAUAUGGAUAAAUGAAGUGGCGCAGGAUUCGUUGGGGGAAGCGGGGGGAGAGAGAGAAUGUACUGGGUCGCUGGUUUCGCCUCCUCCCGGUCGUUCGUGGUUGAUCUCGGCCGGAAUCAGAGCCCGUCCUUCGGGUUGUGCGGCUCUGAUGAGCGUCACUUAUUUUAUGGGUACAUAGUAGCCGUCCCUGUGCAGGAUUUCGGCGGGAUCAUGUCGGGAUUGGUAUCGGAUUCCUGGUGGAGGAAGACGCUUUACAUCACAGGAGGUGCCCUGCUGGCUGCAGCUGCGUAUCUGCUGCACGAAUUGCUCUCCAUUAGGAAAGAGCAACAGCUGGAUUCUAAAGAUGCCAUCAUCCUUCACCAGUUCUCCAGGCCAAAAAACGGGGUGCCAAGCCUGUCACCUUUCUGCCUGAAAAUGGAGACCUAUCUGCGCAUGGUUGAUCUGCCCUAUCAAAAUUACUUUGAUGGAAGCCUCUCCUCUCAGGGCAAGAUGCCUUGGAUUGAGUAUAAUUAUGAGCAGGUGUGUGGAACUGAAUUUAUAAUAGACUUUCUGGAGGAGAAACUUGGUGUGAGCCUAAACAAGAGUCUGAGCGCUCAGGAGCAGGCGGUAGCGCGGGCCAUCACCACCAUGGUGGAGGAACACUUGUACUGGACAAUUGCAUACUGUCAGUGGGUGGACAAUGUUCAAGAGACUCAAAGGAUGCUGGACCUUCCCGGGCCCCUUAGUGACUUGCUGAAAUGGAUCCUGUGUCAGCUGACUGGUGGCAUUGUAAAGCGAGAGAUGUACUGUCACGGCAUUGGCUGCUUCACUAAAGAGGAAGUUUACACACUCAUGGAGAAGGACAUGCGCACACUAGCCACACUGCUAGGGGAUAAGAAGUACAUCAUGGGUCCCAAGCUGUCCAGCGUGGAUGCCACGGUGUUCGGUCACCUUGCACAAGCCAUGUGGACGCUGCCUGGCACACGGCCUGAGCAGCUUAUUAAAGGAGAACUGAUCAACCUCGCCAUGUACUGUGAGCGCAUACGGAGGAAAUUCUGGCCCGAGUGGUUUGUGGACUUAGAGGACUUUUGUUACGACAGCGACAACGAAGCUAGCAGCGGGACACCCACCUGCAUGCUGGACCUUGGUCUAUUUUCCAGGACAGACACUUUAGAGGAAAGCGAUCUAAGCCUCCUGUCACAGAGUAACACACACUCGCAAGACUCAGACCACUCCGGACGCUCGCUCUCAGACUCUGACAUUGAAGCAGAUGGCUCAGAUGUGGAGCAGCAGGUCAAGGGUGAAAUUCAAUAGAGGUUGCUUUUUAUCUGGCGUAACAGAUCAUUUUGGGGUGCGUAGUGGCUCAUAAUGCUAUUUAUUGCCUGGAUGAAUCGCAUCUGAUGAACCUGAUUGAAAAAACAAAAUGUGUACGUCAGUCAUGGACAUGCACACCUCAAGAUUUACACCACAGAAGUUGGACGCAUGUAAAAGAUCAUUCAUUCUCAUCUUGAAUAGUCACCUUCGUGAAAACAUUAUGCUUCCGUUCCUUUCAGAACUGUUUGUUUGUCCACGACUUCAGUAUGGUUUCUAAUUAGCUGUAAUUUCAAGGAAACAAAUAUUUCAGAUCACUCAAUACGUCUCAAACUUUGCUCCAGAACAGAAUCAUGUAGCAAAACACUAGCUUGCAUGAUUCUAGGAUGUUUGUACGACUGAUUUCCUUUGUGCCAACUGAAACUAAAUCUGUGUGAAUUCCUCCCUCCUGUUCAAACCUAAUAAUUCCUGCUCCCAGAUCAGCUAAAGUACAUAAAAUAAAACUGAUGAAGACGGAUAAAAGGAUUUAUGAAGCAUUUAAUCCUGGUUCUUCCCGCUUAAACACAUAAAAUAACAAAACGAGAAUCCAAUCUUCACAAAUAUUUAGGCUAACACAAUAGAACCGAAUCCCUUUCUGUCAUUUUUGUUUGUUAGGGCUCCAGUGUGUGUCAUCAGUGUCAGACUUUUGAUCAGUCUGAAUGGUGCUUAAUGCCUGUGUGCCUGACUGAAACCAUUUGUACAUGUGUGACAGUCUUUCCUCUUCAUCCCCAUGUGUCUCUUUCUGCUGGAUCUGUAAUACAGACCUGUUUGCGUGUUUCACCACCAGAGGGCACUGUGACCAUUCACAUGUUGAGUGGGUCUUAUGCAGCCACUUGUAUUGCCAUUGCAAGAGUCGCUUCAAGCUUCUGCCUUAAAAGAACGUUUUAAAUAUUAAUAACAACAGUGAACCUCUAGUGAACACUAAACGGUCAGCUUAGAAAUCUGAUCAUACAUUUUUCUUUAUCCACGUGUGUUAUUUGUGUACCAAAGUGUAGUGCUUACUUGAGCAGAUUUGCCUUAGUUGAGGGAAAAUUGUUGUGAACAACAGCCGCAUGAUAAGUUUACCCUCUUUCUGUUGAAUUUACAGUACUUGAAACCCAAGCCUGUACUAAAUGAAUUAGUUUAAAUCCCUUUUUAUGCAGAAUUCUGUUGUUUACUUUCCAUAUUGUUGUUUUGCACAUUUUAGAUUAUUGAAAGACUUUGGACAAUGUAAAGAUAUGGAUUGAAACAUUAGAGGACUUAAAACAGGGUCCAUACAAUCAGUGCGAUAUGUUAUAUGUGUGUGUAUGAUAUACAGUAGUUAUCUGUAAUACAUAAUUUACCUGCAUGUGUGUUUGUGUGUGCGUCUAUAUGUGUGAGCUGGUGUUUAGUUCACCAGUGAAAAUAUUCUUCUAUCAAAUAUUUAACCCCUGUAUAGAAUCGAGGUUAAAGUUAAAUACACAUAAACAGUCUCUUAUGGA